GACGAGCUUAAAGCUUUCUCAGAUUUCCUCUUUAGCAUUCCUGAAAGCGCUGAAUUCAGAAUGCUAUAUCAGGUAACGUCUUUAAGCUCGAUUCGCCUGAGAAACGUGUAUUUUAUCCAUACUGAAUAAAUACAGAUACGGGGGAGUCGUUUCACGGAUCGAAUCGUGUUUUUGGAUCUAGAUGUUCUGGUCAAACAGCAUGUGAAAGCACGAUUAUGUUCAGAUAACUGCAUUUAUUUCAGUAUAAUUAAAAUAAACAACUGAAGCAAAACGGACAUUAGUUAUAAAUGAGAUCUCUUGUGUUUGUGCUUUUGUUUUUUUUAGAAACAGUACCAGUCAAAAGAGAAACAGUAGCUACACUGCUGAAGGCCAAGCAGGAGCGACACUCAGCCGGAUCUGAGGCCAAACCGCCCCCCUUUCAAUAUAUCUUGUGUGCGGCCACUUCUCCAGCUGUCAAACUGCAUGAAGAAACUCUCACCUACCUCAACCAGGGUCAGUCCUAUGAAAUCCGUAUGCUUAACCGAAAACUGUUGGAGUGUACACAUGUAAGCAGCAAGUGGGUUAAGAGCACUGUCCGUGUGGUGUUUCAUGAUCGGCGCCUGCAAUACAGCGAGUACCAGCAGCUGGAGGGAUGGAGCUGGAACCGGCCAGGAGACAGAAUUCUGGAUCUUGAUACUACCCUCUCUGUGGGGAUAAUAGAGCCUCAAGCUAAUCCACUGCAGCUCAACACUUUUGAGUUCCUCUGGGAUCCCAUCAAAAAUGCUUCAAUAUUUAUUCAAGUAAACUGUAUUAGCACUGAGUUUACACCCAGGAAACAUGGCGGAGAGAAGGGAGUUCCCUUCCGGAUUCAGGUAGAUACUUUCAUACAGAAUGAGCAUGGAGAAUACCUGGAGCAUGUGCACUCUUCCAGCUGCCAAAUCAAAGUCUUUAAGCCAAAAGGAGCAUAUCGCAGGUUGAAGACGGACAGAGAGAAAAUUGAGAAAAAGAGUCUUCAAGAAAGAGAAAAAUAUCAACCAUCAUUUGAAACUACUGUACUUACUGAGUGUUCUCCCUGGCCAGAUGGAACAUCCAUCAAUAGUGUGAGCAGCACUCUGUCUCCCAUUUGCCACAUCUCUACUUCUCACAAUUUCACAGAUGGAGAUGAUAGAGACUGCUCUCCGAACCAGUGGAGGGAGCUACUCCUGCCCAGCUGCUCUGCUCAGCUUGUGCCAUCACUCUCCCAUCAGGAAGCACAGGAGUGGCUCUGCCAGAACAGGUUCUCAUCUUUCUGUAGGCUUUUCUCCAAAUUCUCAGGUGCUGAUUUGUUUAAGAUGAGCAGAAAUGACUUUGUUCAGAUCUGCGGUCCUGCUGACGGGAUCCGCCUGUUUAAUGCCAUUAAAGGGAGGUGUAUUCAGCCACGCCUCACACUGUAUGUUUCCCUACAGAAGAACAAAAAUCAGCCAAACAGCAAGCCAUGCAAUGAUGAUGUGUACCAUGCCUUGUCCUUGGAGCACUUAACUCUUUUUGAGCUCACAGAGAAGAUAGCGGGUCUAUACAGUGUUCCAGUACAGCAAAUCUGCCAUGUUUACAGACAAGGGCCAAUGGGGAUAUACGUCCUGGUUUCAGAUGAGAUGGUGAAGAAUUUCACAGAAGAAACAAGAUUCAUAAUAAGUGCUCUAAAAGUGAUGAUGGAUGAAAGUAAUGAGGGGUACCAUGUUGUACUGAAGUGACCCAAGAUCACAGCUACAGGAGCAUUUCAGGAAUGACCAGUGAAGAACAGAUAUUUAAAGGACUGGUGUGCUGAAAAAUGACGCAUUAAACGAUGCCCCAUGUGCAGCCCACAUAAUUCACAGUUCAAAGCUGAGAAAUGCUUUGUCUUUUUACAGAGCUCAGGUCAACUGUGCAGUUUGUUUCUUAUUGUCUUCUGAAAGGUUACAUAUGUGACCUGAGGAGGAGUACUGUAACAUAUGGCUGAUUUUUACUUUUUGAUUCGUUUGUGUUUUGUUUUCCUCUCUUCCAUUCUGUUACAAUUGUCAUUGUGGCCUGUGAGGAAAAUCUUUAAAAGAAACAACUCUGUACCUUUUUUUUUUUUUUUUUAAACUUACUGUGGUUAUUAGUGUUAGCAAUUGCAUUCUAAAUCAAAUUAACACUAUAUCAUUUGUGUGCUAGGAGUGUGUAUUUUUUUAUUAAGAUUAUAUUUUAAAGGUCAUCAACACAUUUGUUUAUAAAACAGUUCUGAGAUCAGUCGUUGCUGUUUAAAGACUUGGGUCACAUUGUAGCUUGCAGAUUUACAUUGUGCUUUUUGAUCCUGCUGUUUGCUAUCUUCACCACUGUAACUUUACUGAUUUAAAAUAAAACAUUUUGCUCUGUA